UUGUAGUCAAAUGAUGACAACGUGCAAAUCUGCUGUAAAUUUUGUUUUGCCGUGAGUAAUUUUGCCUUGCCGUGUAUGGUUUUUUUUUACCCGCCAGCUAUCUUUGUCUUGCCGUCAGUUAAGUCACAUUAAUUUUUGCUGUGACUCCUUGUUUGCCCUGACACUUGUGCCCAUGAUACGAGAAAAGAUCGCGUGACCAUCACGCUUGGCUGAGCGAGAUACGUUUCGCUUGAUAGACCUUGAUAUAUUUACACCAUAACUUGAGCUGAUUUUUAGGAGGUUUCCACCAAUGGAAGAUACCUCCGUUCGGAAUCCAAGACACGAGGCAGGUUUCCUCUCGUUGUUGACUUUUUCCUGGAUAAACAAUGUUCUUAGACUGGGGAGCAAGCAACCAUUAGAAGAGAAACACUUGUUUACAGUAGAAACUUCCCUUCAAGCAGAAAGGUUGGUGGCUGACUUGGAGAGGGAAUGGCUGGCAGAAGAAAGAGCGUCUGAACAGAACCGAACAAAGCCUUGCCUGUGGCGGGCCAUGAUGAGAGUUAUUCCCUGCAGAGACUAUGUCAUUGUAGCGUUCCUCAGGAUGCUUUAUGCUAUAGCAUUUAAUAUAUUUCCUUUGAUUGUGUGGUUUUUCUUGAAAAGCAUUUCUACUUCCUCAGAGAUCAGUUACGAGGCAACGCUACCGUUUGUCAUUGGUAUUUCUGUCGUUGUCUUUACAAUAACUUUAUGGUCAAAUCAUGGGUCAUUCAAGGCGGAAAUUAUAUCAACCAAACUGAAAGUAGCGACGAUUGGACUAGUGUACAAAAAGGCAAGUGCUGUCCACUUCUUUUGAAAUUGUUCAUCAAAGGGAAUGGUAAUCCUUUGUACAUGUUUGGACAAUUUGGUAAUUUUUCUCAACUUCUGAUAUCCAGCUUCAAAAGCUAAGCUCAAAACGAGAAAAACUGUGUCAGCGAAAAAAUGUUCCGAGUGCGAAGAGAGAGAGAGAAAGAGGCUCGACUUCAUUCUCUUGCAGAGGACCGCAUGAGGUGAAGUCAUUAUAGCCCGAAUUUCUUUGACUGUCGAGUCUCUGGUGGGAUUAGUUGUAAAUCCUCUUUUCUUUCAACAAGCGAGUUGAACAAUUUUCUUUUUCGACUCAUUAGUGAGCAUUUCGACGUUGUCCACAGCGUCCAACACAAGUUAGACGUUAUUUCAAAGUAAACUUCAUGCACGGUACUAAGAAACUACGACAAAACGUUUAAUAAAUUAUAUUCAUUCUUCGAUACGAGUACCAAUACAAAACACAAUGCAUUGGGUAAAGCGACCGAAAUCAUCGAGUUUCCUAGUCAUUCCUUCACUUCUUAUACAUGUAUACAUCGUAGUCCGAGCUCAGAAUGGGGUAGUUUGGGCUACCCAAAGCUAAAGACCUUUCACUUGUUUCCUCGUGCACUCUGCCUGUUCGUUUUGCAAACAAUCGAUCAUGGUGAAAAGAAAGCUUAGCGUCAGUUCACCUGGCCAUAGUCUGUUUGCGGUCACACGUUUUGCGUUUCUUGCCUGUAGUGUGACGCGUUGCAUUUGAUGAAAGUUUUCUGCUCCGACGCGCCCUUAAAACCACGAAAGACUUUUUGAGAAAGUCUUGAUCUUUUGAUAUACCCAAGAGUUUUAUAUUUCUGUAACUAUAAAUUAUUAACGUUUUAGAAAAGAACGCCGACAACAUUCACUUUAAUACGCCCCAUGCAGACUACUUUUUUAACAAGCGUUUUCACCAUUUGGAAACAAUUUCUUUUUAGUUACGCUGGAAUCAUUUCCUGGAGCUCUCAAUAUAUUGAAAAAAACAUUUAUUAUUUUUUUCUUCCCCUCUAGAUCCUUAAUCUAAAUAGAUGUACUUUGGAAGGCACUAUCUCAGAAAGCACUAUUAAUCUUGUUUCCAACGAUGCUCAAACUAUUGAGCAAAUGGGUGUAGCCGUGUACAAUUUUUUCCUUGUUCCACUGGACAUUAUUGCCUCCAUGGUGCUUGUGUGGUACUUAGUCGCAUGGCAAGCCUUAAUAGGAGCUUCUUUCUUUCUUCUUGUUAUUGCGUAUGGAUCAUUUGCAGCUCAUAAGGCUGGCAAGGUACGCCACCAAUCAGCUGCAGUGACCGACAAACGAUUGGAGAUAAUGAAAGAGAUCAUUACAGGAAUCCGCGUGGUUAAGAUGUACGCCUGGGAAUGGACCUUCGCAGAUCUGGUUGCACAGAUAAGAAGAAGUGAAAUCUCACUGAUUCGUACCCGAGGAUUCAUUGUCUCGAGUAUCUACGCGCUGUUCUUCACCAGCUCUGCCAUGGCGGGACUCGUUUCAGUCACCACUCUGCUAUUCACGGAAAAUUCACUCACGUCCUUUAAAGUCUUCACAUUGAUGACCCUCUUAGGUAACCUAAAACUGGUAGUCACAAUCUACAUAGCAGAGUCACUUCGCCGUAUUGCAGAUGCAAGAACUGCAUGCAGUAGGAUGCAGCGACUGAUUGAAAAAAGAUACAUUUUAACACGCAAAGUGUAUCACCAAAAAUUCAAAACUAGAAAGUAUAAACCCCAAUUUACUAGAAUUGAGAGCUUUCAAAAUGGAAAACCGGCUCUGCUCAGUGCUAGGAAACUUGAACAAACAUGUCAGGACAUCAAGCCACAGAUUUUUAUUGAGAAUGUUACAUGUUUUUGGAGCCAUACGUCAGAACGUCCUACUUUAGAUAAUGUAUCAUUGAAUGCUACUAAUGGGCAACUUGUGGGCAUAACAGGGUCAGUUGGAAGCGGCAAAACAUCAUUGCUGAUGACCAUCUUGGGUGAAAUCCCAAUCUCCUCUGGUAAAAUGUCUUUUAUUGGAAAAAUGGCUUUUGUCUCCCAAACGCCAUGGGUCUAUUCUGGUACUGUGCGAGACAACAUCGUUUUUGGCAAAGAGUUCCAUGAGCAAAAGUACAAUAAGGUUAUCAAAGUUUGUGACUUGGAGAAAGAUAUCGCAAGCUUUACGAAACGUGAUCUAACUGAGAUUGGACAACGUGGAGUGAUCCUAAGUGGUGGUCAGCGAGCACGUGUCAGUCUGGCACGCGCAAUCUACUCAGAUGCAGACAUCUACCUAUUGGAUGAUCCACUCAGUGCAGUGGAUGCCAAAGUUGGUAGACAUUUGUUUGAUAGAUGCAUCAAAGAGUUCUUAGACGGGCGCAUGCGUAUUCUGGUCACUCAUCAGUUACAGUUUCUGAAAGAAACAGACAGCGUUGUCAUUCUUCGGAAUGGCUCCGUUGUUUGUCAUGGAACCUACAGUGGAAUAGAGCAAUACAGACAAGCGGCGUCCUGUUUUCUUCCUCAACAACAGCAAGAUUUCGAUGGCGAGGAUAAAAAUAGAGAGGAUGUUUCAGUUUUUAGUGAUGAGGCUUCCGAAUCAAUGAAUUCCGCUAUAGAACAUCGUGACAGGAUGGAUCUGAAAGAUGAAGAAGAGGAGAGAAUGGUUGGAAGCGUUAAGUGGUGGCUGUACUGGAAGUACUUUAGAGCUACACUCCCAAAGAUUCUGAUAAUUAGUCUCAUCAUUUUCUUCGCUAUUGGUCAGGUGUUCUUGAUUGCGCCUUCUUGGUGGCUAUCACGGAUGACUGAGAUGCCAUUCAAUCAACAGAAGAGCUACCCAACGCUUUUGGUGUACGGAUCCAUUGUUACGGGCUCCUUACUUCUUACGACAAUUUCCUCCUUCUGUUUCUACCUCGCUGCUCUAAAAGCUUCAGAAAACCUUCAUGACCAGAUGACAAAAGCAGUUAUGAAUGCACCAGUCCUAUUCUUUGACACGAAUCCAGUUGGUCGUAUCUUAAACCGAUUCUCCAAAGAUGUUGGUUGCAUGGACGAUAUCCUUCCAGGACAGUUUCUGUUUGCAAUUCAGUUGUGCCUGUACUUUUUCACUGCUGCCAUACUUUCAGCAGUAGUAAAUGUUUGGCUUUUUAUCACUUGUGCUCCGUUGACAGUGCUGUUUAUUUACCUCGCCAAAUAUUAUUUGAUAUCCGCUCGGGAGAUCAGGCGACUUGAGGCGAUAACAUGCAGUCCAGUGUAUUCCCUCAUUGCUGACACUGUGGCAGGAUUGGAAGUAAUUCGAUCAUUAGAGAUGGAGAACGAUUUUCUUCAAAAAUUUUACAAAUAUCAAGACAAAAACACAGCAGCUCUGUUUUUAUUGAAGGCCGCUACACGUUGGCUUGCGUUUCGAGGAGACCUUUUGAGUAACUUUCUUGUGAUUUCCGUGUCAGCUGGAGCUUCGUUAGCAACACAAAAUCCUGCUUUGGCAGGUAUGUCGCUCAGUUUUGCAGCCGAGACUUUAGAUGCCUCACAAUAUGGCAUCCGUAUGGCUUCGGAAACAGAAAAUCACAUGACCUCAGUAGAGAGGGUGUUCACGUACACCGAAAUUGAGCCAGAGCCUGGGUACGGCACUGAAGCCCUUCCACCUAAAGAGUGGCCGACAACGGGCAGCUUGACUUUACGUGACUUGUCGUUGAGCUAUUUGAAAGGAGCACCGGCAAUUUUGAACAACAUAAGCGUCUGUAUCGCUGAUAAGGAGAAGGUUGGUGUUGCUGGUCGCACUGGUGCUGGGAAAUCAUCUUUAGCGACGGCUUUGUUCCGAAUGCCAGAACCUGAAGGAGAGGUCAUUAUAGAUGGUGUGAACAUCAAGGAUCUCAAUCUUCAGGCGUCUCGCAGGUCCAUGGCCGUAAUAACCCAGGAUCCUGUCCUCUUCAGCGGCAGCCUCAGGAAGAACCUAGACCCUUUCUCUUUGUAUCAUGAUCAUGAUUUGUGGCGUGCAUUGGAAGAUGUGCAGCUGAAGACCCUGGUACAACAAUUUCCUGACCAGCUUGAUUACAAGUUGAGAGAGUCCGGGAGCAACUUCAGUGUCGGAGAGCGCCAANUGGUCUGUUUAGCGCGGGCGCUGUUACAAAGAAGCAAGAUCAUCAUUCUGGACGAAGCCACUGCUAAUGUGGAUUUCAAGACAGACAGACUGAUUCAAGUAGUUAUACGCGACAGAUUUAAAGAUUCCACUGUAGUAAUCAUCGCUCAUCGCUUGAACACCAUCAUGGACUAUGAUAAAGUGUUGGUUAUGGAGCAGGGACGAGUGGUAGAGUUUGACAAACCUGAAGUUUUGCUCGAGAAUAAGAAUGGAUACUUGGCUCGUCUUGUUCAGGCUUCUAACUCGGCUUCCCCUCAAACCAAUUUUCUUUAAACCUACUAGCACUGCAUGGAAUCUUCCAUACAAGUCUAAAACCUGAGGCAGUCUCCCUUAAGUUAUGUGUAGACAUGUACCCAGUUCUUCGGUCUCCUAAGGACCUACCUGUGAUAAUAUUUUUUGUCAAAGGGAAAAGAAAAUUGUGUAAAAAAUUUCGUUUUUAGGCGUUACAAAGUUUCAUGCUUUUAGUAGACUCAGCUAAAUUAUCCAGAUUUCAGCAUGAGACCACCGUAGAUCAAAUCAAGGAGGGCCACUUUUACACAGAGUAACAGCAAGGUUAGAUCGUUCUGUGGAAAAAAAAAGCCGAGCACCUCACUUAACGCGACCAUUACGCUUGCUGAAUAAGAUAUCUCCAUUAGCAAGGUCUGUGCUACUGCUGGAAAACGUUAAAGACCUGCUACUUUAAAACUAGACUGCAAAGCCAGAAUAACUGGAAAUACUAAAUCUUAACUUGUGGUUCAUAACAUAUCAUGCGGCAGAGCAAAGCACAUGAAAAACUGAUAACAAGAAGUUGACAUGAGUUUACAAUUAGAGAAAGAAAACGAAGAGCAUAAUGUGACAGCCUACAUUAAAACUAUCAGUAACUUCCUUCAAGAAGAUAUCCCUCUAUAAGGACAAUUUGGAACGAUUAAGGGAGAAACUUCUCCUACAGCAGUACUGUGCAAAAUUAAUGCAAAACGAUAACCGAUUAAUAUCACGAUACUCGCGAUGUUUCGGCGAUAUUUGAAUGAUAUUUUGCUUGAAACGAUAUAUCACGCGAAAUAUCGCGAAGCCAUUGUUGUAACAGACGUCGCGUUAUUUCCCUGAGUACUGGCAGUGUUCAGCUUAGCGAUAUAUUGUUCUUGUUCUGCGAAAUAUCGCUACAGCUAAGACUGGUAAAGCUACGGCCGAUAAAAUGACUGCAAAGCCGUCGGCAAAUAUAAUAUUUAAAUCACGCUAAUGGCGUUAAUGCUUAUUAAAUUUGUAUAUCGCAAGUCUUUGAAAUUUUGGAUGUUUUCCGGCUUUUAAAUGAAUUUUUUGGCUUUACCUUGAAUGAUAAUCAUUAUUAAACGAAGUUUCUUUAACAUUUCUUUCAUUCGGUCAUCCUUCGUUGAGACGAGAUUAGCUAUUCGAUACUCAAACGAAGUGAUAUGCAUAUUGUGUUUAAAUGUAGAUUCCUGAUUAAAUUAGAUUACUAAUGAAAUGCUUAUCGCUGAAUUUCUUUAAAGGUUAUUGUGUCGAGUAGAUGAUGAAGAUUUUGUGGGAGCUCCGCUUUUAAGCCUGACUAAAUCGGUAUUUUAGUGUUUUUCUUUGCAGCAAACAGAAAUAACUCUCUUGGAAUUCUCUUGUAUUUUCCAUGUCAAAAAGCCGUCUUUCUUCAAAACUCCUAGGUUGGUGGAUAACUUGACGUCUCAUGAGUUCGUCGAGUUCCUCUUCACUAGAUGACGAUAUGUUUUGACGCUCUAAUAUGUUUUUCAGAAGCCGUACUCAAUGUUUGCAAAUGACAUGCGACUAGUAUUUUGCACUUGUGAUUUACAAGUUGGACUCUUGAAAAAAAAUACAAUUCGGAGUCUUGUAAAAGUUUUAUUAACUUGAUUCUUACUAUCUUUUACAAGUGUAGCGCUACACCUGUAAUAACCAGUCGGACACUUGUAACCUGGAUUUGUAACGAUUUUUAGUAAUCAAACUCGUUUUCGUCUGCGCUUGUAAAUACAAUAGUCCGACUUGUGGAUUUAACACAAGUGUAAAAGUUUUAUCAAAUUGACUCCUGGACAUGUAGCGAUGUUUAUCAAACUCGUUUUCGUCUGCGCUUGUAAAUACAAUAUCUUCUUCCUUAAUCAAGAUAUAGUGAUUCUUUUCAUUUCUUGUGUUUUCCGAGCGAAUUGAACCCUGAUUAAGGUGGCUGAACACAGUAUUUGAUACCUGUGUUUCAUUCACCUUUUUGAUCUCUCGGUCG